AUGGUUAACCUCAAGCAUCCCUAUGCUUGGCUCUUCUGCGCAUUUGCGGCACUUGGCGCCUGUCUUUAUGGCUACGAUGGCGUCUAUUUCACUGGUGUCACUGCAAUGGAUGUCUUCAUUGAACACUUUGGGACGAAAGGGGCGGAUGGCACCUACGCCAUUUCUUCCUCGCAACUGUCUCUCAUGACAUCGGUCAUCAACAUCGGCGAACUUGUCGGCUCCCUCUCAGCUGCACCGCUUAAUGACUACCUUGGCCGCAAAGGUGUAUUUGCCAUUGCUUCCCUAGUCCUUAUUGUUGGAGUGAUCCUCCAGCUUGCUGCGGAUCACCAAACUGGUAUGAUUAUCGGUGGCCGAAUUCUUCUAGGCUACGGUGUCGGUAACCUAUCUGCGACUUCUCCAUUGUAUAUAGGAGAAAUAGCGCCUACAGCUAUUCGCGGGCAACUCUUGAUGUGCUGGCAACUCGUCCUCUCCGUAUCUCAAAUUAUCGCCGCAGGCAUCAAUCGAGGAACAGAAGGUCUGAAAACCACUACGGCAUACCGUGUACCAAUGGGUGUGCAACUCUUAUUCCCUCUCAUGAUGCUAGCUGGCCUUUGGUGGGUUCCCGAAAGCCCCCGCUGGCUGCUCCGCAAUGGCAAACAAGAAGCUGCUGAAAAUGCUCUAAUUCGCGUCCAUCAUGGUGAAGAAUACACUCCUCACAAUGACAUUCAUGUCUUGCAGAGAGAUCUGGACGAAGAAGCCGAAAUGGCUUCCGAAUCGAAGUGGAUUGAUUUGAUCUGCGAUCCGAUUGAGAGACGAAAGGUGUUGUAUUCUGCUGGUGCCUUGAUCGCACAACAGAUCAAUGGUAUACAAUGGUUUUAUUACUUUGGGACUGUGUUUUCGAAAUCCAUUGGGUUGGAGGAUCCGUUUUUGAUGACUUUGAUUGUUUUUAUUAUCCAAGUGGUAGUUGUCUUCGCUGCCGUCCUUUGCGCCAACAAACUGCCUCGAAGACCUCUCCUUCUCACCACAACGAUAAUGAUGACGAUCUCAAUCUUCUUAGUCGGAUGUCUCGGUAUCCCAGGUGGCACUCCCUCUCCGACAUUCGGCAAAGUCAUCUUCGCAUUCAUCAUAAUAGAGAUCACAGCGUUCAAUUUUGCAUGGGGACCACUUGGAUGGACGAUCGCCUCAGAAAUGGCAGUAGGUCGAAACAGGAACAAGAUCUACGCCAUUGCCGUUGGCUGUUUCUGGAUCACGGUCUGGGCAACGGUCUUCACGCUGCCAUAUCUUUACUACAACGCCAACCUGGGACCGAAGACGGGAUUUGUGUACACGGGACUGUGCUUCAUCUCCCUCUCCUACGUGUAUUUCGGUGUGGGAGAAGUCACUGGUCGCACGAUCGAGGAGAUCAAUGGAUUCUUCAUCCAUGGUAUCCCGGCGAAGAAGUGGAGGGAUCAGCCACGGUUGGAGGAGUAUGCGCAUAAUUCAGACAAGACGGUGGAUGGAGAUGAGGAGAAGAGCUGUGAGACGGUGCAGGUUGAGAAGGGGUUGUAG